AUGUACUUUGACUAUCAGCAGCCGCGCCGUCAUCAUCCACAGCAGCCGCAUCACCACGUGACCCAUGGCGGCAGGGAUAGAGGUCCACAACCACAACAACAACUGAAGCAAAGCGGCAAGUCCAGCGGCAGCGACCUGCACAUUGCCGCCGGGAGCGAACGUAGCCUCUCCCGCUCCUCACUGGGCGGUGCAACGGAAACGGGUCACAGUGCCACGCCCUCGCCCAAGCUGGAUGGAGGAGUGGGAGGAGGAGGAGGCGGAGGAGGUGGCGGCGGCGGCGGAAACGGAGGAUCACCAUCCUCGUCGCCAUUACAACCACCACCGCCGCCGCCCUCCUCACAUCAUCCGCACUUUGGCCAACAUCCGCUGUCGCUGCUGCCCAGCCACCAUCAGUUGCAUGCCACCCACCAUGAGUUGAGUGCCGCCGCUGCCGCUGCGGCUGCUGCCCAUCAUGCCCAUGCCCAUGCCGCUCAUGCAGCCCAUGCCCAUGCCCUGGCCAGGGCGGGAUCACCGUUGGAGCAUCAUCAUGCCCUCAUGCAUCAUCGCCGGGCAUCCCUAUCACCAUCGGCGGCCGCUGUGGCUGCUGGCAAUGCAGCUGCCUCGCAAAGAGGCAGCAGUAAUAGUGGAGCAAGUCCGGCCGGAAGUCUCCUAUCCUCGGUCCGUGCCCAGGAUGUGGCACAGGCGAAUCGAUUGCUUCUACCCUUACCCCUGAAUGCGUGCCAUCGAUGCGAUGUUUGUGGCAAACUGUUGAGCACCAAGCUCACCCUGAAGCGACACAAGGAGCAGCAACAUCUGCAACCGUUGAAUAAUGCCGUCUGCAAUCUGUGCCACAAGGUCUUCCGCACUUUGAACUCGCUGAAUAAUCACAAGAGUAUCUAUCAUCGUCGACAGAAGAAUCAUCAUUCGUAUUUCCAUCAUGGUGGAGGCGUUGGCCAAGCCGUUGGCAGUCCUGGUAGCCGUCUGCAUCAAUCCCUUAGCUCGCUGAGCGCUGCAGCAGCUGCGAGUGGCGGUGGUGCUGGGGGUGCCGGUGGUGCUGGUGGCAAUGCUGUGGCCGCUGCCGCAGCAGCAGCAGCAGCAGCCGCCGAAUUGUUGCUAUCACCCAUCGUGGGAGCUGCUGCGGUGGCCGGUGGAACGGCCAGUUCAACGCUACAGCUGGCGGCGGCCCAUCAGCAGCAGCAACAGCAGCAGCAGCAACAACAGCAGCAACAGCCAGCUGUUCCACGUGGCUCUCAAUAA